AUGGCCUACGAGGCGUCGACGGCGCGCGUCGGCGUCAUGGUCGUCGACCACGGGUCGAAGCGCGAGGCCGCGAACGAGCGAUUGAUAACGCUCUGCGCGGCCUACGCCGAGUCGCACGCGAAGCCGGACUGGGUCGUCGCGCCGGCGCACAUGGAGCUGGCGAGCCCGAGCAUCGAGGAGGCCUUCGACGCGCUCGUCGCCCAGGGCUGCGAUCUGGUCGUCUGCCACCCGUUCUUCCUGAGCCCCGGAAGGCACGCGACGGAGGACGUGCCGGAGCUGCUCGAGGCGGCCAAGGCCAAGCACCCGGGCGUGCGGGCCGUCAUGACGCCCAUCACGGGCGCCGCGCCGGGCCUGCUCGACCUCGUCGACGCGACGGUCCGCGACGCCGUCGCCGCCGCGGGCGCGCCCGCGCCCGAGGCCGCGUUCGAGGACUCGUUCUUCGGGAGCAUCGCGGCGGCCAUCGCCGAGGACCAGAAGGCGGCGUAA